AUGACGGAUGACGAGGAUGCGGGUGAUGCAAAUGACGAGUCCAUCUCGACCAUUACGGAUUCUGUGGUUCCAGCUCCCACUACUACUACUACUACCGGUACUACUACAAGUUCUGCAGUGGAUGGCACUGACUUUUUGACACUGCUUCGAGCAGCAGGUGGGUUUGGCGGCGAGAGAACGAAUGACGAUACUUGGGGGUUCAGUGAACAACAGAACAAUCGGCAUGACUUGUCGACUCUUUCUCGUUUGUUUGAUUCUUCCAAUACAUUGAAUGCCCUCAACAAUGAAGACACCGUUGGAAGAAGCAACCGGACCAACCAGCAACGUCCAAAGAAGCCACAGUUAGCAUCCUUGGCAGAGCUCUUUGAACCGCCUCCUGGUUUACCGAUUGAUGCAAAAGAAGAAGAAUCUGCCGUCACGGUACCUGAAAAGCCUCCUGUACCAGCUCCCUCUCCUCCUCCUCCACAAUCGGUCCUCAAAAACCCCAUUAGUCCUCUAUCGGGUUUCUCGGGAAGCAACGACUCCAUCAUUCGCAAUGCAACGACAUCCUUAGGUUUACCGCCGCGACCACCACGCUUACGUCACCACCAGCGCACAGUUUCCUGGGGCAACAAUACUACCUUUGUCCCUCCUACUGAGGAACAACCACAAGAGGGUCCAGAUAUUCCCUCGCAAAAUUCCUUUGACAGUGUCUCCAGUCUCGAUGCCGAUGCCCAACAUCGACGCAACAAUACACGGACGCAGUUCCUGGGGUUGGAUGACCUACUCAGUGAUGGACCAUACGAAGCAGAAGCCGAAUCCAAUAUUAUUCGAGCCAUGGAAGCACAACGAGCACGAGUGGCGUCCCCGCCCCCCAUUUUACCACAAGUGCCAUCCACGGCCGUGCAUGACUUUUUGUUGGAAGAAGAACCCGACGAAGAAGAGCCUCCACCACCCGUCUCGUUUGCCAGCCGGGAACGAGCCAAGUUACUGCACAAUAGUCCCAAAAAAGUAUCGCGUCAUCAACGGCAUUUGAGUGUGGAGCAAACAUUGGCGGGGUUGACCAAUGCCAUGUCGGCAUUUCAUGGGACACAACUUCCCAACAACAACUUUUCGUCGUCGUCUGCGGAUGCCUUUGCCAACAAUGCCGCACGCUUGUCGGAACAACAAGAAGAGAGUCCCCAUCAUCAUCGACCUGCUCCCAGCCGUGUGUGGCAAUUUGACAAUCUGCCCAUUGUCGAAGAAGACGAUCGAGCGCCAGAUGCCAAUAAUGCUAAUAUCGACGACGAUGUACCGCACAGUGGGGAGCAAGGGCACCAGCACAGUGCUGAUAUCGAAACGGGUGCUACUACUACGUCACAACAAGUCAACACGGAGGAUCACCCGGCUGGAAGGAACACAUCCUCCACUGCAAAUAGCAAUCCUUCCUUACGACGCAUCGACUCGAGUCGAAGACAAUCACUGUUUGGAGAUGCCACUGACAACUUGAAAACCGAGUGGGAAGCGUUCAGUGUCUUUUUCCGACCCAGAAAGAAACACGUUCGUAGUUAUGUCCGAAAUGUCUUGUUGUAUAUUGUACUCCCAUUGACUGGAAUUGCCGGCUUGCUAUAUUAUGUUUGUGGGAAUCCAAUUCCUGGGGCUGUCGAGGGGGAAGACGAAAACAGCAGGGCAUCCGCAUCUUGGUGGCUAUUGUUCACAGUCCGAGAAGUCAUUACGUUUUCCAUGGCCCUGGCCAUGCAAGGGUUUCUUGUCGACUUUUUGGCACUGGGAACCAAAGUCAUGCUCCGUCUGGUGGGACCUGUCAUUACUCUGCUCAUUGUGCAGGCCAAGGGGUGGCCAUUCAUCUGCUUUUGGUGGGCAAUUUUUGAUUUUGCAAUGCAGGCCAGCGGUGGACAGUUUUCGCAGCAUUGGUUGUACUGGUCACGCAUUGGGCUCUUCAAUGCCAGUAAUCCAUCUGGGAAUAUUCCUGGCAGCGAGAGUCAUAUCAAGGUGCUGUCGAUCGUUGUUUCCGUCAGUGUUGUGGUGGCAGUGAAACGCUUUUUGAUUGGCUUGUACUUGGGGCGGCAGACGUUUUCACACUACGGAGAAAGCCUGGCCAAAGUAAUGAACUCCAUGCUUUUGGUGAGCGAAGUUGCUGGUCUUGCCAAGGCCAUUGAAAAGUCAAAGGUUGACGAGAAGACAAUGUUGCCGGUCACUUCUGAAGCAUUUGGUUGGGAGGGUGAUCUUUGUGCACUCCAGGAUGACGACAACACAAGCGCGCACUGUUCGAGCACCAUCGUAAUUGACACGAAAAACCGAGAUCCAUUGACCGGAAGCCUUCCAUCGCAUGAAAAACGAAAGUUGAUGCAGCUUUUGGGACAAUGGGAAGAACCAACUCGUCCGACGGAACCGGGACAGAUUGAAAUUGCUUCCAUCUCUGCUGUCCUGAGGUUUCGCAAGGCGCUCACGUUCAUGCAAACAAAAUACCCUUUUGGGUACUUCUUUGGUGACGCGGACACCAGAGAAAAGACAAUAGAAUCAGCUCAGAAGGUAUACAAUCGGCUCCUACUUCGAACACCAGGCGAGCAAGUUGUGCAAUUUGAAACAUUGGCACUUCUAGCUCUGGAGCACGAUGGCAGUACCAUUGACCAGCAAAAGGCCAAGGAACUUCUGAAGCUGUUCCGCCCGGAUAGGGAAGGCCGAUUGAGCAUGGUAGACUUUCUCAAGAGUGUCGACAGCGUGUACAAAGAGUGUCGUAUGCUCAAUGCAUCUAUCCAAAACAGCUCUCAAAUCGACAGAGCUUUUGAGAAUAUAUUCAAUGUGGUGUUUUACAUUGCUGUGGUCACGAUCGCCCUGUCUCUCCUUGGCUUCAAUCCGCUUGCACUUUUUCUAUCACUGAGUAGUGUCAUCCUGGGCUUUGCGUUCAUGAUUGGCUCUGCAAGCUCCAAGUACUUUGAAGGUGUCCUCUUCAUCUUGGUCCGCAGACCUUAUGGCAUUGGAGACAGGAUUCAUAUCAGCGGUGUCGAACUUGACACUUCUAUUGAAGGCUCCCCUGGUUGGGUGGUCGAGAAUGUCACCUUGUUUGAAACUAUUGCGACCUGGACUCCAACCAAGGAACGGUGUAGUCUUUCCAAUGGGUCGUUGGCCAACAGCAGAAUUAUCAAUGCAGCUCGUUCGCCGCAAGCACAGUUCCAUAUCUUUCUCAAGUUUCCAAUUGACACGAGUUACGAACGGACCAUAGUCUUCAAGAAUGCCAUUGAGGAAUAUAUGAAAUCAAGGCCUCGUGAGUGGCUUGCUCUCAAUGGCUUUCGAGCGUUCCGCAUUGCUGCGGACCUGGGCUAUGUGGAGUACGCCAUUGUGAUUCAACACCGGGAAUCGUGGCAAGAAGUCGGCCAGAUAUUGGACUCCAAAGCCAACCUGAGUAGUUACUGCAAUGAAGUUGCCAAGCAGCUGAACAUGCACUACCGCGCCCCUCCAUUACCAGUUGACCUUCGAUAUAUUACUGGUGAUGAUUUGCUUGUCAGCAACUUGGCAGCGGCAACGACAGCGACAACCAAGAGCAACGUUGGUUCAGGAAAUAGCGGGUUAGCACCAACAACAGAAGACAUGGUCCUUGCUGAAAUGGACAGAGAAGCCCAAAUGAAUGCAUUCCGUCAGAUUGCAAUGAGCAAACACAACAUUCGUCUCAAUUGA